GUAAGGUUAAAACCUUCCUAACCACUAAAAAAAAAUACUUAUAGACCUCUCAAUUCAGUUUAAACGAAAGUAUGCAAAAAAGUGAUUACUAUAGUGCCGUUAGUGAUAUGGAUUACCCCAAACGCGACACACAAACGACAAAUUACAACAAAGUUUGACAGAAGCUCAAUUAGGGCGUUCCUUCGCCAUCAUGUCGACAGCCCUGUUAGCCGCAAUCGCUGUUAUCCUGUGUAUCCUGUUCAGGAUACUCAACGUCAACAGCCAACCACAAAAGCCAGUGAUAUGGUGCGGUGAUAAGAACUUUCUGGAAACCAUCCUCAAAAUCUCACCCCUCAUCCAAGAACCAUACAUUCCGACGCGGCUAUGGGGCUUCAGCGGCCAUGUCCAGACCAUCCUCCACAGCGUCAUCGGCAGGGUAAAGUGCCCAUGGCCGAUAGGCGAACGAGUGUUUCUAUCACUCGACGACGGGACCACAUUAACUUACGACAUGUACCAACCUCUAGAUACAAAUUUCCAAGACGACGUAUCGAUCGCCAUAUGUCCAGGCAUUGGAAAUACCUCCGAGAGUGUUUACAUACGCACUUUCGUUCAUUGGGCUCAAUGUCACGGCUACAGAUGCGCUGUCUUGAACCACGUGGGGGCGUUGCAGAGCGUACCGGUCACGGCCCCACGCAUAUUUAGCUACGGUAAUACAAACGACUACCAUGAAAUGGUCUCAAGUCUGAUUAGCAGACACCCAAACACCCGAAUUGUUUGCGUAGGCUUUAGUCUAGGUGGUAAUUUAGUAACCAAAUAUAUGGGGGAACUGGAUAGGGAGAGGCCUCUGCACAUAAUCGGCGGAAUUUCGAUAUGUCAAGGCUACUGUGCUAUCGAGGGAACAAAAUGGUUACUCAACUGGCAAAAUUUCCGUCGUUUCUAUCUUUACAUCAUGACUGAAAACAUGAAGAACAUUAUUUUAAAGCAUCGCCAAGUCCUACUGUCUGAGGAAGUGAAGAAUCGGUACAAGCUCAACGAGCACGAGAUUAUUUCCGCUGCGACUCUUCCCGAACUAGACGAAGCCUACACUAGAAAAGUUCACGAAUUUAAUUCGAUCACCGAAUUAUAUUCGUGGAGUUCUAGCAUCAAUUACCUCAAUAACAUAAACAAACCAAUGAUUUUUAUUAAUGCUAAAGACGAUCCGAUUGUUCCAGAGCCGCUGCUAGAGCCCAUCAAGUCGAUAACUUCUGAGAAAAACAAUAUGCUUUAUUUGGAGUUGGCCCACGGCGGGCACUUGGGCUUUUACGAGGGCGGUUUGAUCUACCCCAACCCUGUCACCUGGUUGGACCGCACACUUGUCGCACUGGUCGGAAGUCUGGCGCUCAAUUAUAACGAUUCGAUCAUGAAGUCGGCCCAAAUUUAGGCACCGUAUGUGAUUCUUUUAUCGCCCACCAAAUUAUUGCAUUUAUGUGUGUGUGUUUAAACGUGUGGAAUUGAAUACACGGCGCAUUUAUUUAUUGUAUUUAUUGUUAGAUGAACGUGACUUAAAUACAAAGUUGAAGCGAUGGCUUGAAUGUUUUAUCUUUUGAUAGUAUUAUUAGUUUAUGUGACAGGUAGUGAGAGGAGGUUUGAGCGGGGCUCAAUCUCGUUUUUGGCAUUUUUGGUGCUCACGCACCGAUCAUUCUCACCUGUACUUAAUGUGAUACAUAGGAUAGUUUUACUUAAUUACUGAUAUUUUUAUAACUUUGUACAUUGAUUAACGGACACUUGUGAUUUAUUGAGCGGCUUUGUUUAAAUUUGUUUUAUCAUUUUAAUCAAUUUAAAGUCUAAAAAAUUGUAUUUUUUAAAUUUUAUUAAACUACACCAAAAAUGGAAUUUUAUCUGUAACAACUGUAUUGUAAUUUAUGUAAAAAAUGAAUAAAACGUAUUUCACAAAA